AACACGUGCAUCCGAGUGUCGUGUAUAGUAUAGCGAUCUAUAUAGCAUUGCGCGCAACUGAAACACUACGACGGAUAACCCGGUACAUUAUAGGUCGAGACCCGUUUACAGGAACCGGAAAAAUUAUUCGGGAAAUAUCCAGUGAAACAAAAAUAAUACUGUGCAUCUAUUUUGUAUAAGUGAACGCGGUCGGCUUAAUGAAAAGAGUGUGAAGUCAUGAAAUUAAGAGUGUACGGUGGAGCGCAAAUACUUUGCAAAGUAAAUUGAGUAGAAUAAGGAUUUCGUAGCUGAUAUAUCCACAUCGGUCACACUUUCUCGUACGCGAUAAAUGAAAAUAGUAAGAAUUUGGUCGUUCCGAUUCUGUUGUAUUACGGAAGGAAUAAAUCUGCGUUAAGAAGGCGUGGUCACUAUAACGAACGACGGUUGAUGAAGAAAAUUGUAAAAUGAAAUUCGACGAGCUAGGUGGAUUCAGUGGCAAAAGGAAAGUUGUAGUACAAACAGUAAUUAAAUCUAAAAUGUUAUCCUGUGCGAAUGAUUUUUCUUAAUUAAAAAUGAUUUAUGAAUGUUAUAUGACGAUUUCUAGUUCCAAUAAUAAUUUCCGUUCAGCGAAUGACAAUGUGGGUAAGAACCAUCGAUGUGUUUGUUUCAGGUAAUCAUUUUGACAGGCAAACGGAUCGGAUGUUGGCGUCGUGCCAUCGCGGAAGUAAAUGGGUUUCGCUUCCAGAGUACACAAUUCACUUCUGCAAACAAGUUUCGAGACAUCCGCCAGUCUGUGUCGCACAAUUCGCGAUCACUCGCAGAUCACCGUUUUGGAGGAACGCAAAAUUCAAUCGCAACCAGGAUAAUAGAUGCUGGCACUAAUGAGCGCUGCGAAAUUUGCGCAUCUGGAGGUCGAAAAUGACAAGUUCAAGUCCGUCAUGAGGAUAUCAAAUGAGGACUCGAUCGGGCAAAAGAAGGAGCGUAACGAUGGGGACUCAUCAAAGACCCUGCAGCUCUUACGAGUCAAAGGAUAUCCACGGUUGUUACCAGAAGGGAUCCAGGCAUUGGUCAGUUACUGUCAAUACCUGCAAGAAUUAUCGCUCUCUUAUUCAUUGCUUAGCGACGAGUUGCUACUAGCCCUGAGCUCCGAAAAACAAGUGCAAUUGGAAACCUUACGAUUGGAAGUGCAUCCAGAUACGAAACCGUUUCCGCGUGUCAGCGACAAGGCUUGGUUUACGUUUUCCAGUCAUUUGCCGAACAUAAAUCUUGUGCUAUUGUCUUAUAUGACAAAUGAAGACGAUCAAAGUCUGCUGUUCGCGCCGUACGUUCCUGUGACGCACUUGUAUUUCGGAGAAGCACCAUCGGAAGCGACUAUGUUAUGCGUCGGAUGCCAGUGCCCGCGGCUGGUCGAGCUGGUGAUCGCAGCCUAUGGACCCGGUCCGAUCGAUCGUGCGUUACUCUCUAUCGUUCAAGGAUGCCCACGUUUAAGCGCUCUCGGUUUGGGUGAUUGCGAAAUCACGUAUGUACUACAAUAAUAUUAUAACUAUUUAAUAAGUAUAAAUUCAAUAUAGAUGAAAUCGUGGGCGUGUACGAAGCGAUAUUUAAAAUUUUUUAUCCCGAGAAAUCAUAUCGAGAAAAUUUUUAUUAAGUGGCAGUAAUUGUUUAACC